CCACUGUCCGACCGCAGGAUUUAAUCACAGACAAAUUCAAUUCGACAGGAAUAUCUUUACAUGCCUUGCUAAUGGAAUUUGCCUAAAAUGUUUCAACAGAGGAUAUGUGGCGUGGAUGGUUUUUACUUGGCUUUAUUGCCGUUUCAGCAUUGCGAGUGGGCAGGUUGUUUAUUCCGUGUCGGAGGAGAGUAAUCCUGGGACGACAGUUGCCAAUUUAGUCAAAGAUUUGAAUCUGAAUGUGCGAGAUUUGGAGCAUCGUGAAUUUCAGAUUGUCUCCGGUCCAAAUAAAAGGUAUUUCGAUGUAAAUGUGAAAACAGGGAUUUUAUUUCUGAGAGAGAGAAUUGAUAGAGAGGUCAUAUGCGGGCGUAGCGCGAGGUGCUCGUUGGAGCUGGAGGGCAAUUGCCAAUCACCGUUAAGUCUGUAUCGGUUUGAAGUAAAUGUCUUAGAUAUUAAUGACAAUGCACCUGUAUUUCACGUGCCAACGUUAUCGCUAAAUGUAUCAGAGGCAGCUCUUCUUGGUGAGAGAUUGGCUUUACCAAAUGCAUAUGAUGGCGAUGUAGGCAGUAAUUCAUUAAAGGGAUACAAGCUGAGUCAGAAUGAACACUUUUCCCUGGAUGUACAGAGCGGAGGAGAACAAAGUGUCUCCGCUGAGUUAGUGCUACAGAAACCUUUAGACCGAGAGAAACAGCCCGUGAUCCAUCUUAUACUUUCCGCAAUAGACGGAGGAAAACCCCUAAAUCUGGGACGACAAAGAUAACCAUUAAUGUGAUAGAUGUGAACGAUAAUGUUCCCGUUUUAGUAAACCGCUUUACAA